AUGGAUCCUCCUGAAUUCUCCAACAACAAUGAAGUUUUCUCGAAUGCCUGGACCAGCACGUUUAUUCCGAGCGGUGGAAAUUUUGACUUCGCAACCGAUGAAGAUUUUUUCGCUUGCUCCUUUGAGAUGAAGACCACCAUCAAUGAUGCUGCGAUUUUGAUGGAGAGUACCCACGGGGCUCCCCCUGCAAGUUUUGAAAUAUUCACUGGAAAUGAUCUACCAAGUCCCAACAGCAGAUACCUUCUCAGUGUGUUAGCUUCUAAUGAAAUGACGACACAGAUAAAGCCUAAGAUGAAGUUCUAUGUUAGCCGGGCCGAAUAUCCAGCCGGUUUUAUAAUUGACUUCAAGCCUGCUUCUAGCUGUGCUGGAAUAGUCGACCUCAACUCGAGCGAAGGACAAGAUAAGAACAUUGCCACCGUUAGGUACACCAACAAUGGAGGCUUUCAGCUCGACUAUCAUGCAUAA